AUUCCUUGAUUAAACUCAAGUUAUGCAGAAGUCACAGUCGAUUCAAAUUGUAUUUCGACACACAUUUUCGAAAAACAAGCAAAUAAAAUCGAAGCCAUACGCUUCAACUGUUUACUGUAAUCAGACCAGCUUUGUACUAGAAAGUUUGUAGAAAUUCAAAAUGCUCACCAAUAAAGACCUACAUGGAGCAGAAGAUGGACGAAGAUGUUCAGACGUUCAUCCGAGAUUUCAAACUGAUUUACCUUUCAAGAAAAAAGGAAUUUCUAUGGAUAAAGCCAUUUCUAAAACAAAAUUUGGCUUCUUCAACUAUGUUGUAAUCUUCGUAAGUGGUUUAAUUUUGAAUGCUGUAUUGAUGGAAACAUGUGGCAUUUCAUUUAUAAUUCCAGUAUCAGAGUGUGAUUUGAAACUUUCAGCUAGUCAAAAAGGAAUAUUAAGCGCAAUUUCCUAUUUUGGCAUAAUUUGCUCCUCACAUCUAUGGGGCUACCUUGCUGAUACCAAAGGACGACGCUCAGUUAUUCAACCUACACUAUUCAUUGCAUUUUUAUUGUCCAUCGUUUCAUCACUUGUGCAGAACUUCUAUCUUUUGGCCACAUUGCGGUUCCUAAACGGAUUUUUCAUAUCUGGAUCGUCAGCCACAAUUUAUGCCUAUCUGGGUGAAUUUCACAGUAAUAAGCAUAGAGGAAGAGCGCUUAUGGGGUCUGCACUUUUAUAUGGUAUUGCAUGUCUGUUUUUACCGUCAAUCGCAUGGCUUGUGACCAAUCAAGAGUGGCAAUUUGACAUUCCACUCAUCGGCAUUACAUAUAAACCAUGGCGAUUGUUGCUCGUUAUAUGUGGCUUGCCUGGAUUUCUGUCGUCGGUGAUAUUGCUCUUUUUGCCAGAGAGUCCGAAAUUUCUUCUUAAUCAAGGCGAUAGUAAAGCUGCCUAUCAAAUUUUACAACAAAUAAAUCGUUGGAAUAACGGCAAGAAAUCACAACUUGAAUCAUUUGAAAUCUAUGAAGAGGACGAAUCGAUUGAAAAUCGACGCCGAAUGUCAGAAGCCAAAGUUAGCCGAUUCCCAUUGUUGAAGUCGAUUUGGAGUCAAACAGUGCCACUUUUCAAACCUCCACACUUGGGACCAACACUUUUGAUUUGCACCAUUCAAUUUGGAAUAUACGCAACGAGCAACGGAUUUUACAUGUUUUUCGCUGAUAUUCUGAAUAAGAUGGCAGCCAAUUUAGAUAGUUUUAUUGAUCCAAUGGCCAUGUGUGAUGUUAUCAAUAUGAAAAGCACUAAUAUCAGCGACAAUCAAAUAGUUGAAAAAGUUUGCAACACGAAACUUGAGCUGGCAUUAUUGGAACAAGGAAUUCUUUUGGAGUUUUUAUAUGCAUCUGCAUUUGCCGUUAUUAGUCUUAUCAUCAAUAAAGUUGGAAAAUUUAAAAUUCUACUUUUAAUACUGGAAGUAAGUGGAUUGUGUGGAAUUGCGUGCAUGCUGACCGAUAUUCCGUUGGUCCAAAUAUACUCAUUUAUUGGACUAAUGUGUUCGGGGAUCGGAGUAAAUAUCGUUAAUUCAGCCACAGUUGAAAUUUAUCCAACAAAUUUGCGAGCAAUGGCAAUUUGUAUAUCGUUAAUGUUUGGCCGACUGGGAAGUGUAGUUGGUGCAAAUAUUGCGGCUCUUUUACUCGACGAUCAUUGUGAAACCGUUUUCUAUUUGUCAGGAACAACAGUUAUGGCUGUAGGUAUUUUUUGUUUUUUCGUGCCCGGAAUUCAUGAAAAGGUCAAGAGUCGAAUGUCAGUGAUACAAAAUGAUCCGCGCUUGAGUGUGGCAUCAUUCAGAUAAAGUGAAAACUGGAUCAAAACUACGAAUAACUUUUUUCGCAACUAUUUUGCAUUUAAAUUGAGUAUCUACGAAAAUAUAUUCUCAC